CUUCGGCGCCCCGCGGCGCCCCCCGGUCCCGCCCGCCAUGCCCGGCCCGGCCGCGGGCAGCAGGGCCCGGGUCUACGCCGAGGUGAACAGCCUGAGGAGCCGCGAGUACUGGGACUAUGAAGCUCACGUCCCGAGCUGGGGUAAUCAAGACGAUUACCAGCUGGUUCGAAAACUUGGUAGGGGAAAGUAUAGUGAAGUAUUUGAGGCCAUUAACAUCACCAACAAUGAGAGAGUGGUUGUCAAAAUUCUCAAGCCAGUGAAGAAAAAGAAGAUAAAACGAGAGGUUAAGAUUCUGGAGAACCUUCGUGGUGGAACAAAUAUCAUUAAGCUGAUUGACACUGUGAAGGACCCUGUGUCAAAGACACCAGCUUUGGUAUUUGAAUAUAUCAAUAAUACAGAUUUUAAGCAACUCUACCAGAUCCUGACAGACUUUGAUAUCCGGUUUUAUAUGUAUGAACUACUUAAAGCUCUGGAUUACUGCCACAGCAAGGGAAUCAUGCACAGGGAUGUGAAACCUCACAAUGUCAUGAUAGAUCACCAACAGAAAAAGCUGCGACUGAUAGACUGGGGUCUGGCGGAAUUCUAUCAUCCCGCCCAGGAGUACAAUGUCCGCGUAGCCUCCAGGUACUUCAAGGGACCAGAGCUCCUUGUGGACUAUCAGAUGUAUGAUUAUAGCCUGGAUAUGUGGAGUUUGGGCUGUAUGUUAGCGAGCAUGAUCUUUCGAAAGGAGCCCUUCUUUCAUGGACAGGAUAACUAUGACCAGCUUGUUCGCAUUGCCAAGGUUCUGGGUACAGAUGAGCUGUAUGGGUAUCUGAAGAAGUAUCACAUAGACCUAGAUCCGCACUUCAACGAUAUCCUGGGACAACAUUCACGGAAACGCUGGGAAAAUUUUAUCCAUAGUGAGAACAGACACCUCGUCAGCCCUGAGGCCCUAGAUCUUCUGGACAAACUUCUGCGAUAUGACCAUCAACAGAGACUGACUGCCAAAGAGGCCAUGGAGCACCCAUACUUCUACCCCGUGGUGAAGGAGCAGUCCCAGCCUUGUGCAGAUAAUGCUGUACUUUCCAGCGGUCUCACGGCGGCCCGAUGAAGACUGGAAAGCGACGGGUAAUGCGGCAUUGAUGCUUGCCAAUAAAACCAACCAACCAAACACAAACCUUGAAGGAAAACUACAGUGUGAUAAAAAGAAAUUCUAGCCAUUCCUUCUAAACGCAAAGAAGAGUAAAGACCUAAAAGUCUGUCAAAAAGAAAGAAACUCCCCAGCACUAGUCUACAGGGAACUGCUGUUUGGCAGCCUGACGAUGCACAUAGUUGGGUAUCUGAGGGGACUUUCCCUUUGGAAUGCAUGGGAGAUGAGAGACUCGGAGUUGUUGUACAUUUACCUUUAUUUAACAGGAGACCACUGUUGAAUUAACCUGUUCAAGUCAACAAGCUCUGAAUAUCUGACUUCCUAUCUAUUCCACUGUGGUCUGGGUUUCCUUUGGUGAGAUUCAGGCUCAAGUUUUAGCAAAAUGUCAGCAGUCUAUAGUGACACACCAGCCUCAUUCACGAAAAGGAGAUACUAAAACAGUGACAGUAUUUUUUUUCUAAGCUCUUUUACAAAUUCAUGUUUUAUGUAUUUUUUUUUUUCUUUUUAAUGACAUGAGCUCUCUGGGAAAUGUACCUCAUCCCUGCAGUUUUCUUCUAAGUGUAUUCAUUUGGGAGCAAACUGCAGUCACUCUCACAGGAGUCCCCUUUGAUGUCAGGAGGCAUCGCUUUAAACCUUCUGAUGCCAUGGACAGGUCCAUCUGUCUCAUAAAAAGUUAGAUGCGGGCUUCCCUGGUGGCGCAGUGGUUGAGAGUCCGCCUGCCGAUGCAGGGGACACGGGUUCGUGCCCCGGUCCAGGAAGAUCCCACAUGCCGCAGAGCAGCUGGGCCCGUGAGCCAUGGCCGCUGAGCCUGCGUGUCUGGAGCCUGUGCUCCGCAACGGGAGAGGCCACAACAGUGAGAGGCCCAUGUACCGCAAAAAAAAAAAAAAAAAAAGUUGGAUGCUAAGUGCAUAACUUGGAGCUCAGUGUAACCUUUGUUGAUUUGCCUAACCAUAAAAUCUUGUUGCUAUUUUUUUCAUGUAGCUUUUUUUUCCAGCCUCUUAAGGAAAACUUCAUUUCCCAGCACAUCCCUGUGUGUGCACCUAUUUUAACGCAUGUCUCUGAAACAAAGACUUUUUGUUCACAACCAUAACUAAAGCUGGAAAGUCAGUCUUCAGGGAGGUCAGGGAGGGAGAAAGAAAAGCAUCCUUAUUAGAAUUUAUUCAGGAAAGACGGAUUGGGUGGGAAUAAAACAAGUACUCCCCUCCCAUGCUUUACCCCUUUUUAUCCCCAUGAGAAACAGUUUCCCUCUGUAAUCAGGGUAAUCUGCGUUUUUAAGCUCUGGUAGGUAAUACAUGAAUGUGUUGGCAGAGAGAAGUCUUUCUCGCGUGCAGGGACUGGAGUUGUGUGGGCAGGGCCACCCACCGAUAACCCAAGCGACCAGAGAGAGUAGCAUACAAGGGACUUGGGGAAAGGAGUGGAGCUGCUGGGGCAAGUAUCAAAGCUUGGGAUCCAUCGUGCUGGCCUUCACGUUAGCAAAGGAAACUAUAUUUUGUUUAAGAAAAUAAAAAAAAAAUAGAGCUGAUA